AAAUUCUAGAAAUGAAUGUUCAUUUAUAUUUUCUUACAUUAUGGAUAAUUGAUUAUUGGUGACGUGGUCAUAAUUAUUGAGAGGUUAAUAUUAAUCUUUUUCUUUAUAUUCCAAGAAAAUAUCCUGCAUGUGCGGCUUACAUGCGGCCAUGUCUAACAAAAAUUUCUAAAUUCUAAUUAGUGCACCGCAAAUUGAGAAAAGUAUAAUAGGAUAAGAUUCGAUCCAUAAAUUCUUUGGUAAAUCUUGAAUUUUUUUUAGUGUAAAAGAGGUAAAGGGGGAGGAGGGGGAUUGAUCAUUUGGUAGUGUUUUUUUGUGUAAAAAGAAGGCAAACGAGAAGAGGAGAGAAGCUUUAUUUUAUUUUUUUGGUCAGAGGAGAGAAGCUUACCUUUUUUUUUUUGUUAGAGGAGCAACAAGGUGUGGGGCUACAAGUCCCCACAUUUGGUAAAUUUUUCGGAUAUUUGUGUGACUGGUCCUCAAUAAUUAUUCAAGCCCACACAUUAAGCACAAAAAUCUUUGGGCAAGAUUUUGAUUUACAUUUUUGUUUUUCUCUAUUUUAAGAAUAAUUAGUAUUAAUAGGAAAAAAGGGAAAUGAAAAAGAAAAAGAAAAAGAAGAAGAAAAGAAAGAGUAGUAAGGAGGAGAGUUGGCUGCUGCCCCUGGUUUUAUCCACAAACCUGUGUGUUUGCUGCAUACCCACUUGUUGUCUUCACCAGAUGGUCAAGACAGACCCACAAAUCAUUUGGAUUUUGGAUAGGAAGAAGAACUUUUGAGUUUGAGUCCCCCUUCAGUGCUGGAGGCUAGAAUCCAGCCACUAUCUUGCCACAUCACCAUCAUGGGCCUCCAGAUUUUGGGUCCCAUCUGAUGUACAGGGAUCAGACAAGUGUUUCACAUGCUGAGAAUUAUUUUCACCAUCUUUGUGAUAUAACACAGCUCAACAAUUCUUCCUCUGUCAAAGUCAAGUCUGGAGGAAGAACUGCCCUGAUGUUGACGAUUUCAAUUCACAAGCCUAUGCUGUUGAGAUAUUCCCAUGUCAGAAUUAGAAGUCAUCAAAAGUUUCACAAGAUUGAUCCCAUUCCAUUCGUGAAAAUGGAGGCAAAGUCUUCCCAAACGAGGAAGAUGGAAGAACUGUCAGUAAAGCAUCCAACACCAUUUAUUCCUAAGUUGGAACCAUCAGGGGAGCCUGAUCUACAAUUUGACCGGCUGCAAACAUCAGAUCAAGAUUUAGUUCAAGAGAAAAAGUUUGAAUUUGGACGAUUUAUUGCACGAGAGGCCAUCCUUGAUGAAGAAUUGUGGACAGCAGCAUGGUUACGUGCAGAAAGUCACUGGGAGGAUCGGGCAAAUGACCGAUUUGCUGACAGCUACAAAAGGAAAUUUUCAGAUCAGGAAUUUAAUGCUAUAAAAAGACGAAGAAAAGGGGAAUAUGGGCAGAAAUGCUCAUGCAUUAUCACGGUGAGGAAGGAACCAAAGAAUGUGAAAUACACUGUUGUGAAAAGUGUAGUUGGAACACUUGAUUUGAGCAUCCGGUACUUGUUGGACGGAGAGACCUUUCCAGGGGAGCGGGAAAAGGCUCCUCCCUUUUGCAGCAUCAGCAGAACGCAGUCAAAUAGAUAUGGUUAUAUUUCAAACUUAUGCGUCUCCAAAGCAGCACGUUGCCAGGGUAUUGCAAGCAGUAUGAUGCAUUUUGCUAUUAGAUUAGCAUUGUUAGAGGGUGCAGAACAGGUUUAUGUGCAUGUGCAUAGAAAGAACAAACCAGCGCAGGAACUGUACCGAAAGAUGGGCUUUGAGAUGGUUGAAAAGGCGACGUCUCAAUUAGAAGAAGAGCAAACUUAUUUGCUUCGUUUCAAGGCCUGAAAGCAGCUUAUUCGCACACACACACACACACACUCAUUCAUGAUUCUUUUGUUCUUGGAAUUAAACAAUUACUGUAGAAUACUUGUGUCUACAUGUGACAUGAGUUAGGUCAAAAUCCAAAAAUCUCACUUACUGUACAAAGUCAAGAAGUCAAAGAGACGACCCUGCAAAGGUUUUUGGUAUAGAAUGUACUUGUCGCUCCUUGUUCAACAAAAAUAUGGUGAAAUGAAAAAUAUUAUGCAGUCCAAUUCUCACUUUCUUUAACCGA